AUGACGGCUGUAGCCCAUGAAGACCGUUUCAGUAAAGGAGGCUGUGAGAAGCAAAGUCAAGAGUGGAGUCUCGUCAUCCAGCAUCUGGAGAAAGAUUACCGGGCUUACUAUGGUUUUCUAAAUUUUAUAUCCAAUGUUGGAGACCCCCGAAAUAUCUUUUCUAUUUACUUCCCACUUUGGUUUCAGUUGAAUCAGACUGUUGGAACCAAGAUGAUAUGGGUAGCGGUUGUAGGGGACUGGUUCAAUCUUGUAUUUAAAUGGAUAUUGUCUGGCCAUUGUCCUUACUGGUGGAUCCAAGAAACUGAGAUUUACCCAAAUCAUUCAAGUCCAUGUCUUGAGCAGAUUCCUACUCCAUGUGAAACAGGUCCAGGAAGUCCAUGUGGCCUCGCAAUGGGCUCAUCAUGUGUCUGGUAUGUCAUGGUAACAGCCGCCUUAAACUACACUGUCAGCUGGAUGGACGAGUCCUCUAACACUCUGCACAGAGUAAAGGGAUGCCUGAAGGGCUCAGGGUCACAAGCUCAUGCCAGUAUCUCUUUCCAAUCCCUAGGGACGCUAGUAGCCGAGGCCUUCAAACACACUCCAGGAAUCUACGUGGUCAGCUUGAAUGUGUACCUGAAGACCAAUGUCUUCCUCUUCCUCUGGGGACCUGCAUUCACCUUUUACCUGCUUCUCAGACUGCUUGGUAUUGCCCUGUUGUGGUCUGUGUCCAUCACCAAAAAGUGUUGUGCCAACUCAGACUGGAUCCACAUUGACAGCAUGCCUUUUGCUGGACUUGUGAGAAACCUCCGGGUCCUAUUUGGCUUGGGUUUCUCCAUCAACUCAGAAAUGUUCCUUCUGAGCUGCCAGGGAAAAAAUGGCGCCAAGCUGAGCCUCCACUUGCUCUGUGCUCUGACAUCACUGACCACAAUGCAACUUUAUUGCUUCAUCAAGAUCCCAACUCACAUGGAACCUUUAUUUUACCUGUUGUCUUUCUGUAAAAGUACAUCCAUUCCACUCACCGUGGUGGCUCUAAUUCCCUAUUGUGUACACAUGUUAAUGAGACCCAGUGAGAGGAGGAUUAAAUAGAGCUUCAGUGCCCUGUGGUCCCAGGAUUACUACUUUCUGCAUUCCUCAAUUCCUGCUCCACCCACAGAAAUAAGUUUAGCCUACUUUCCAAGUGGCAUUUAAAAAUAACAGUAUUUAACCAGAAAUAGUCAUGUCCAUGUUUUCUUGACAAACCUGACAAUAUGGCAACAAAGAGUUGGUGUAGACCAUGUAAAGACAGUUGACAGGGGCUGGAUGCUGACCCUUCCAGUCAGCAGAAGGACUCCUUUUAGUCAUAGUAUUUUGUUCUCAACAAAACCCCCAGGGUCUGAAGCUUCCUAUCAAUUUUAAGCCUGGCUUCUUCUGGCUCUUGUGGGAAGUGUCCACAGUCAAAACCCAUCUUCACUAGAGCAUCCCCAUGUUUUCCUUGUAGGAGUCAAGUCUUUCAAAAUUCUCAAGUAUCAAAUGAGGAAAUAGAGGUUUGUUCAGAUCAAGUAACUUGGCUGUAAUAACGCUGGAGUUAUUAACCAGAGUUGGAACCCAAGGUUUCUGAUACAUACCUCUAUAACAAUGCUUCCUUCCUUCCUUCCUUCCUUCCUUCCUUCCUUCCUUCCUUUCUUUCUUUCUUUCUCUAUUUCUUUCUUUCAGGAAUUAAAAAAAGCAUACAAGCAAAUGCAUGUAUUUAAAGUCUAUGAUUGCCAUCUAAGACACUUUUUUUUUUCAGAAAUAGCAUUGAAAUGCCAUAUUCUCUCAUUGACUUACUCCCAGAGAACAAUGUCUUUUCCAGGCCAGCAAUGGCUGUAUAUGUUUCAAUAAACCCUGCUGAAAACAACCCACUGGAUUUCUAUCACCAGAAAAGCCUCAUCUCUUCACUGGGGCAUCCCCAUGUUUCACUUUUAAGAGUCAAGUCUUUCAAAAAUGAGGAUAAUCAAAAUUCUUCUACCUCAGGAAAACUGUUAAAUACUUGUGCGCUGCUUUGUUGGACUAAUCUCUGUGCAUUACUUCAGAAAAUUAUUAUUUAUGGGCUACUAAUAUACACCAACUUCUCAGUGGGAUUUUUUUUCUUCCUUGUUGAAAUUCUUGACUCGUUUGAUAACUAUGUCUUUCUGAUCAAGUUCAAAGAUCGUGAGUCCAAUGCUGCUGUUUGUUGAUGGCCUCUGGUCUACGGCAGUGCCAAAUGCAACUCCUCUCAAGAAUAUUAUUGAUGAAUUAGUUACUUUAAGUGAUGAUCUAUUAAAGAGGUCAUCAAUAUGUAUGAAAACAUACCAGUUGAAGGGAAGGCUAUUUGAUAAUAGUCAUGGAAAAUAACUUCUCUAACAGCUAAUUAUUGGCAGCUUUCUAAGUGUAAUUUUAGUAAAUUAACUGUUGCUUUUACAAGACACUUUAACUA